UCUGCUAAGUGACAUGGCAUCCGCUUUCGCCGAGUGGUUCCUAAUAGAUUUCCAGUUUCCUCAGCGCAAUGUCAUCUAUCAGUAUUUCACUAAGUUCUUCUUGGCGAAGGGUACCGACAUUGAGUUCGACAUGAAGUGUUUCGAGAGCGUUUCCGGUUCGCGGUUAUUCAACUGGAGCACACCUGCAUCACCUUUGAGGCAGCUCAUAGCCAACGACAUGCAAACAAAACUGCUGGGCGUGAACUGGAGUAACAUCUUGCCGGAAGAUGCGCUGGCAGCAAUCAACGGCGAUGAGCUUCCGAUCUCAGCCAAGCUUGAGGGAGUCACGACCGGGGGAGUGCUGGUGGCUACAGCUACUGGCACGGUGACCGGUGGCAGUUCAGCGGCAAUGGCGGCUGCGGUCAUUGAGCCGAUCGUAAAACUUUGUAGCGAUGAUGGCGCCAUCUGCAAGGACUGCAAGGAGUGUUUCACCGACACAGUCACCAAGUCGGAGAUUUUUGAAAAGGAAAUUAAGAAGCCGUUGGUCGAGGCACUGAAACUAGCGGCGAGUAACAAAAUACUCGAAACGGAACUCAAAACGCUUCAAAAAGAGCACAGCAUGCUAAAAGAUAUGGUGCGAGAUUUGGAGCAAAUACAUGAGCAGAAACACAGCAGUAUCACACAAUGCGGCAAUGGAAACAGUAGUAAUAGUAACAGCAACACUGGCAACAGUAAUACUAACAGCAGCAAAUCAACGAGCACCGCUCCCAAAAACAAUGGUAGCAACAGUGGCGGCUCUUGCGCUGAACAUGGAAAUAGCGCCCAAACGAAAAGUUUACCUCCUGCCAGGCUUGCAGAGAUAGGUUUGUUGCCAGCAGGAACCCUGGCGGGAUACAGCUUAACAAAACCUGCGCUGCCACCACUCCCGCUGUUAAAACCAUUCUGAACCAAGCCACCAAUACUCUCUCCAAGAUCGUCCCGAAGGGGAAUGCUUCCACAGGAGUAACCUCGCAGCAACCGACGGGCAAAGUGGUAACGAAAGCCACCAAUACGGCGCCAAAGGCGUGUGCGGCUGGGGCUGCUACUGGGAGCGUAGCCACCACCACCACCAGCACCACUUCGGGUAAGGUAAGCUCAAAGUCUACCAGUACACAUCCCUCGCCAGCCGGUACUGGUGUAGGGACAUCUCCUGCGGGGGCAACAGCUGCAGCAGGUGCU